UGGUUGUCGUCGUCAUCCUUAGCCCAUCCAGCGCUUCCCUCCAUUUUCUAUCUCAGUCCCUCUACAGAGCUCGUAAUUCCAAAAAUGUCCCAUUCCCUCCCGUCCUCCGUCUCCGGCGUCCUUCCGUCUUGCCGAAAUUUAGGGAUAAAACUCCCUUUGGUAGCCGGCGCCGGAAUCCUAACCUGCCAACCCGUCACCGAGAGAAAUGGGAAACAGGCGUUCUUCUGGAGGAAGGUGAGGAGGGGCCUUCACGUGGAAUCGAAGGCACUGAGCGUCGUCGGGGAAAAGGCUGUGGCGCCUGCGGUGGGGUCGGGGGUUAAGGACGGAGAGUACGACGCCAUCGUAAUCGGGUCGGGAAUCGGCGGCCUCGUCGCCGCGACGCAGCUAGCGGUGAAGGGAGCUAAGGUGUUAGUGCUGGAGAAGUACGUAAUCCCGGGAGGGAGCUCGGGGUAUUACCAGAGGGAUGGCUACACGUUCGACGUCGGGUCUUCUGUGAUGUUUGGUUUUAGCGAUAAGGGAAACCUAAAUCUAAUUACACAAGCGCUGGAAGCUGUUGGGUGCAAACUGCAGGUAAUACCAGAUCCGACCACUGUGCAUUUUCAUUUACCAGAUGGUCUCUCGGUUCGUGCACAUAGAGAGUUUGGCGACUUCAUUGCAGAACUCACAAACCAUUUUCCUCAUGAAAAAGAAGGAAUCAACAAAUUUUAUGGUGAAUGCUGGAAGAUCUUCAAUGCUCUGAACUCCCUAGAGCUAAAAUCACUUGAGGAGCCAAUUUACCUUUUCGGACAAUUCUUUAAGAAGCCCUUUGAGUGCUUAACUCUUGCAUAUUUUUUGCCCCAGAAUGCGGGAGAUAUAGCUCGAAAGUUCAUAAAGGAUCCACGGUUAUUGUCUUUUAUUGAUGUUGAGUGUUUCAUAGUGAGCACUGUCAAUGCUCUGCAAACACCAAUGAUCAAUGCAAGCAUGGUUUUAUGCGAUCGGCACUUUGGAGGGAUUAACUAUCCAGUUGGUGGUGUGGGGGAAAUAGCAAAAGCACUGGCUAAGGGUCUAGUUGACAAAGGCAGUGAAAUACAAUAUAAAGCAAACGUAACAAGUGUCAUUCUUGAUAAUGGAAAAGCUGUAGGAGUCCAUCUAUCAGAUGGGAGAAAGUUCUUUGCUAAGACAGUAAUAUCAAAUGCAACUAGAUGGGACACUUUUGGGAAACUUUUGAAAGCUACUGAUCUUCCAAAAGAAGAACAAAACUUCCAGAAGGUUUAUGUUAAGGCACCUUCGUUCCUGUCCAUUCACUUGGGAGUCAAGGCAGAUGUCUUGCCACCGGGCACAGAAUGCCAUAACUUUAUCCUCGAGGAUGACUGGACCAACUUGGAGGAGCCAUAUGGAAGCAUAUUUUUGAGUAUCCCAACUGUUCUUGAUCCAUCAUUAGCCCCAGAUGGGUGUCAUAUUCUUCAUAUCUUCACCACGUCUUCUAUAGAAGACUGGAAGGGCCUUUCACCGACUGAGUAUGAAGCAAAAAAGGAGGUUAUAGGAGACAAAAUCAUUGGACGACUUGAAAAUAAACUCUUUCCAGGCCUAAAGCAAUCCAUAGUUUUUAAAGAGAUUGGCACACCAAAAACACAUAGGAGGUAUCUGGCUCGUGAUGAUGGCACCUAUGGUCCAAUGCCUCGGAGGACUCCUAGAGGCCUGUUGGGGAUGCCUUUCAAUACGACAGCUGUAGAAGGGCUUUACUGUGUUGGAGAUAGCUGCUUUCCUGGACAAGGGGUAAUAUCUGUAGCAUUUUCUGGGAUAAUGUGCGCACAUCGUGUGGCUGCUGACAUUGGACUUGAGAAAAGAUCUCCAGUGCUGGAUGCAGGCCUGCUUAGCCUACUACGGUGGUUCAGGACGUUGGCUUAAUUUUGCUGGAUUGGUUUAAAUAGUAAAUAUUAUGUUUGGCUGCUUGAAGAAAUGGUGUCUGGAAAGAAAAAUAAGUAACAUUGCUUGCAAGGUCCAUCGCAAAGUAUGCAUAGUCAAGCAACAGGAUGCUUCAUCAACAUCCAUUGUUGAGAGGUCGAAUGAAAUAUCAAAUGCAUCCUGUGCCAUUUUCAUUGUUCAGGCGUUGUGCUUCAUCAAUUACAGCUUUUAUGCCAUCUCUACCAUGAAAUUUGCAGCAGAGAAGAAGAGUGGUUCAACAACGAAGGAACGUUGAGACACAUUUAUACAGGGCAUUGUACGGACCUCCUGCUUCAGUGAAUGCAGGAGAUACCAAAUAUCAAAGUAAAUGGUGUGAAAUAAAUAAAAAAUCUGAAAUCUGAUCAAUCA